UAAACUCCUAUUUGACAACUUUUUAACACAUGUUGACAUGUCAAGAGUAUGUAGGUACUAACUACUAAUAACCAUCAAGUAAUAAAUUAUGAUGCAAUAAUAGAAACUUUAAAUCAUUCGAUUAUCAUAUAUCAUGGUUAAAUUUCAUUCGUCCGGAACACAUCAUUAUAAAAUGUAUACAUUCAUCGUUGAGAAUCUAAAUACGAUUUUGAAAAUACAGUUUAUUUAUUUCAUUUGUAGAACAUUUAAUUAAAAUAUCUUUUUAAAUUUGUGAUUAUGGAUGUUAAAACAAUAACAACCACUAUGCUCUACAUGGUACUCAAUGGAUAUCAUGCACUUAUUUAUCCAUUCGAUUAUGCGCCUAUGUUAUACGAAUAUCCCAUAAAAGUAACAUUCGAUUUUAUAGUGGUCGGAGGCGGAAGUGCUGGCGCAACUGUAGCAGCACGUUUAAGUGAAAUACCCGAAUGGAACGUCUUACUAUUAGAAGCUGGAGGCGAUCCACCAGAAUCAACUGAAAAUCCUCUUCUAUGGAAACAACAUAUAAGGACAAAAUGUGAUUGGUCAUUUUUUUCAGAAAAAAACCCUUUUCUCUUUAAAGGAAUGGAACAAGAAAGUUGUAUCAUAUCUAGAGGUCUAGCACUAGGUGGAUCAUCUUCGAUAAAUGGAAUGGUAUACUUGCGUGGUACUGUAGAUGAUUUCAGACAUUGGAAAAAUAAGUAUGGUUGUCAUGGAUGGGACUAUGAAGAUGUUUUACCGUAUUUUAAAAAGUCAGAAGACUUUGUAGAUAUUUGUAGAUAUGAUUCGGGAAUUCAUUCACUUGGAGGACCAUUGAGCGUGACACCGUUAGAAACAUUCGAUCCAGCUUAUAAGGUUAUCUCUGAAUCAGAGGAGUCAAUAAAUUUAACUAAGGUGACUGAUUUAAACAGGAGAGAACCAGUUGUCGGUUAUGGUAAUGUUUAUUCCACUACCAUUAAUGGAAGUCGAUGUAGUACACUAAAAGCGUUUUUAAUGCCAGCAAGUAAUCGUCCAAACCUCUAUGUAGCAAAAAAUACAAUUGUUACUAAAAUUUUAAUUAAGAACGACUUAGCAGUGGGAGUGAACUUCAAAUGUUCAUCAGGAGAAAUUAAAUCAGUUUUUUGUACAAAAGAAGUGAUAAUGUGUGCUGGACCUAUAAAAAGUCCACAGCUUCUUAUGCUUUCCGGAAUCGGGCCUAAAGAACAUUUAAAUGAUCACGGUAUUCCCAUCAUUAAAGAUUUACCAGUAGGUUUCAGCAUACAGGAUCAUAUGUCACUUCCAGUUUUAGUAUUUACAGAUCGAAAAUGUAGGCCAACUGAAGACAUAAUAAAUGAGAGUAAUGAUUCUUUGAAAAAAGAAUUAGCUUUUUUUUCAGAAAAUAUAUCAUCACUUGGCCUUAGUAAGCUUAUGACAUUCUAUAAAUCAAAUGAUGAUUUAGAGUAUCCGGAUAUACAAAUAUUAAAAUUUAGGAUUCCCUUCAACUCAACAAAUACUUUUCCAAAUAAAAUUAAUGUAUUUACAAACAUGUUUGGAUAUGCUAAGGAAGUAACAGAUUUAUAUGACGAAUUAAACUUGUUGAGUGACUUAAUAGUUAUGACACCCAUUAUGUUACAACCAUCAAGUACUGGUCGAGUUAUGUUGAACUCAAAUGAUCCACUAGACAAUCCAAAAAUAUUUUUAAACUAUUUAUCUUGUAACAAAGAAAUAGAAACCUUAUUAAAGGGUAUUGAAUUUGUUAUAAACUUAUCUAAAACAAAAAGUAUGAUUGAUGCUGGGCUUGUUUUAGAGGAGUUGAAACUAUCAAAUUGUGCUGAUUAUAUUUGGGACACUCGAGAUUAUUGGAUGUGUGUCAUCCAGAACUUGGCAGCUCCUUUUUAUCAUAUCGUUGGUACUUGUAAAAUGGGUUCAGAAGAUGAUAAUUAUUCUGUUGUUGACACUAAAUUAAGAGUGAAAGGGAUAAUUGGAUUGCGUGUGAUAGAUAGUUCAAUUAUGCCAAAAGUUGUAUCUGUAAACACAAACGCAGCUUCAAUAAUGAUUGGUGAAAAAGGAAGUGAUAUAAUAAAAGGAUGUUAUGGAAAGCUUUGAUGAAUAAAACAUUAAUUUAAUAAUUCAUAAUAAUUGUAAUUUAAUUUAGUUGAUAAUAGAAAUAACCACAAUUAUUGAAUAUAAUUUAUAAAAAAAUAUUUAAAAUAUUUAUUUGUCUAUAAAUUAUUAUCAAAUGACGAAAAUAAAAUUUCGUAUUAAUGACUAAACUCAUUUUCUUCAUUGAUCUUGCAACCUACUUAUGGGUUUUGACUUUAUAUAAAAAACCAAAACAGUAAAAUGUAAGCUAAAAACAUUUUAGUUAUAUAUAAGUAUGACAAUGUUUAGAUUAGAAAACAUAGAAUAUUUAGACAAUAUUUGGCAUUAUUAAAAAUAGAACUGUUUUUGUUAUUUUUUUUAGAAUUGUUAUCGGUUUUGAAGAAUAUAUUAUGGCAUGCUUGCUUUCAACUAAUUAUUAAUUUUUUCUAGAAUAUUUUAAAGAAUCAUCCUUCAUAUAU